CCCCAUUAAUAAAAGAACAAUAAUCCUAUUAUGUUUUCUCUUUUCCGCAGGACAGCAGUUGAAGUGGCAGAGUCGAGCUUGAAAGGUUCAGUUUUAACAAUUAACCAGUGCCAGAAUUUAAUCGACCCCUACUGAAAAACGAUCUUAUUUACCACCUAUUUCAUUCAACUUGACCAUGAAAUGUAGCUUUCAACAUGGAGGGUCUUCGCGAAUGGCAGAAGGAAUCCCUUAUGGUUGCUCUCAAUUCCAAAGCGGAUCUUGACAAAUGGGCCAUUGGUUGUGACAAAGACAUUGGAGGUUUUUCUGAAGCAAAGUUAGAGAUUACGGCUGAGGGCAAAGGCAAAUUUUCAGGAAAUAUUUCAUUGGAUUUACCCCUAGAUAAAGAAAUAAAACAGAGCGGAUACGCAGCAAUCCGUACCAAGCCGAGAAAGGAUACGUUAUUUGGUACACCAUGUUGGGAUACAAGCUUAUUUAGAUACUUGGCGUUACAUGUGAAAGGCGAUAAUAGAAAGUACUUUGUGAAUAUUCAGACAGAUGGUGUAGUAAAGACAGAUCUGUAUCAACACAGGCUAUUUUUGAGAACUCCCGGACAAUGGGAAACAGUAUUGAUACCUUUCAAAGAUUUUAUUUUGACGAAUAAUGGUGUAAUUCAAGAAGAUCAAAUUGAGAUGUUUCGAGAAAAGGUAAAGACAGUAGGAUUGUCCCUGAUGGACCGUCGAGAGGGCCCUUUUAGUAUAGAAAUCGAUUGGAUUAAGGCAAUGAAUACCGAGUUCACAGAAGGUGACAUGGAUCGUAUUCCACCAAAAAUGGAAAAGACUGACACAUCAUUUUCUUAAACUACAACUGCAAAUUUAACGUUGUCUUCUGUACAUAUUUGUGCCUUAAUUUGUAUUUUAACAAACUACCACUUUUUCCUCUGGGCAUGAAUAAAGGGGCGCUUUACUGAGUUCUAACGGAUGCAAUGUUGUUUGAGCCUUACAAA